CGGACCGGGACCCGCCAGCACUCGCCGUGACCGUGCAGCGUGGCGGUGUUAUGUGCGCACCGUGCGGCGCGAGGGGCCACCGUGUGAAGUGAGUUUCCUUGAAUCAUCUAUAUGGGCCAUCUUCUUUCGAAAAAUGGUUACCGCCUGAAGAAAAGGACACGCAAGUUGCAUCACAGGAAGAAGAAGAAGAGGAACUGCUUCCUGCAGCUGCCCUGCAUGCUCUGCUUCAUCGUCCACAGCAACAGCAGCGGCCUCGACGACGACAGCGACCACUCGGAGGCCGGCGCCAACGGCAGCGCGUGCCGGCGCAGCAGCAUCACAGGAAUCGGCGUGCCCGGCGUGGGCGGAGUCGGCAUCGGGGCGGCGGUUGCCUCGAAGCUCGCCGAGCGGUACGCGACACUCUCGUCCCCCGAGGACCGCUCCAAGUUCCUGUUGUCGCCGCGGGAGCUGGCGAUCUGGGAGGGCCAAGGGAGGAGCCUUUUGUCCGCCGUUCCCUCCAAACUGAUCCCGCCGCCUGUGCUUUUCCGAACCGCCGGGGUGUCUGUGACCGUGCCCGUGCCCGGACCUGUGACCGGCGACUACACUGACAUGGUGUGUAAGAGGAAGUGCUCAGAGGUGCAGAGGUGCACCCCCUGUAAGCAGCCGCGCUGCGCCUUCGCCGCCCCUGACGGAGGGCUGGAGAACGGGGGGGUGGGAGGAGGCGGGGGAGAGGCCGCCACAAACUCUGAAACCGGCCACUGCCACCUCCCCCUCUGUCCACUUCCCUCCUCCGCCGCUUCCUCCUCUUCCUCUGCCUCCGCCUCCUCCUCACCCGCGGACGGCUGCUGCGGGCCGGGCCUUCACGCCGACCUGCCCCACAGUUCGGACUCGUCCCCCUGUUGCCUGCAUUACUACGAUGACUGCCAGGCGAGAUGCUCCGACGCUGCGGAUCACUCGAGCAUCAACCAGCUGCCUUCCUCCAUCCUGCUUAAGGUGCUCUCCCACCUGACAGUGAAGGAGCGCUGUCUGUGUGCCUCUCUGGUUUGUAAGUACUGGAGGGACCUCUGCUUGGACUUCCAGUUCUGGAAGCAAAUCGACCUCAGUGGCCUCCAACAAGUGAACGAUGAUCUCCUGGUGAAAAUCGCCUCUCGGAGGCAGAACGUGACAGAGAUCAACAUCUCGGAUUGCAGAGGGGUCUACGACCAUGGCGUGUCCUCCCUGGCCUCGCACUGCCCAGGCCUGCAGAAGUACACCGCGUACCGCUGCAAGCAGCUCGGGGACAUGUCCCUGUCGGCCUUGGCUACACACUGCCAUCUGCUGGUGAAGGUGCAUGUGGGCAACCAGGACAAACUGACGGACGAAGCACUCAAAAAGCUGGGAGAGCACUGCAGUGAGCUGAAGGACAUCCACCUGGGUCAGUGCUACAGUAUCACAGAUGAAGGCAUGGUGGCUUUGGCUCAAGGAUGCCCAAAACUGCAGAGACUCUACUUGCAAGAGAACAAGCUGGUCACCGACCGGUCCGUGCGAGCCGUCGCAGAGCACUGCCCCGAGCUGCAGUUCGUCGGCUUCAUGGGAUGCCCGGUGACCUCCCAGGGAGUCAUCCACCUUGCUGCGCUGCGGCACCUGAACGUCCUGGACCUGCGGCACAUCUCGGAGCUCAACAACGAGACGGUGAUGGAGGUGGUGAGGAAAUGUCGCAAACUCAGCUCCCUCAACCUCUGCCUCAACUGGAGCAUCAACGACAGGUGCGUGGAGAUCAUCGCCAAGGAGGGCCGCAGCCUGAAGGAGCUCUACCUGGUGUCGUGUAAAAUCACCGAUCACGCUCUGAUAGCCAUCGGCCAGUACAGCAGCACCAUCGAGACGGUGGACGCCGGCUGGUGUCGGGAGAUCACGGACCAGGGAGCCACGCAGAUCGCCCAGAGCAGCAAGUCCCUCCGCUACCUGGGCCUCAUGAGAUGUGACAAGGUGAACGAGGAGACCGUGGAGAGGCUGGUGGUCCAGUACCCUCACAUCGUGUUCAGCACGGUGAUGCAGGACUGCAAGAGAACCCUGGAGAGAGCGUAUCAGAUGGGCUGGAGCCCCAACACCUCCAACACCUCGUAGCUGCUGCUGGAUCUCACUCACACUCACACACACACACUCACACACAUACACACACUCACACUCGCAGAGGCCCUUUUGGUGUACAGACACACGUACACAAUAUUUGUUGAAACAUGCAUGUGAACAUGGAGCGACUCACAGGCGAAGGUCCAGUUCCCCGACUGUUUCAUUUCCAGAACAUCUCUCUUGUUUUAAACGAUUUAAGUACAAAUAUCGGCCGCCUGGUAUUUUGGAGUUCAGCGAGACGGUCGCUACGCCCCGAUUCUCGGUAAUAAUCGACAACCUGACUGAAUCGUCCUCAUCGUCAUUCUCAAUCGGUGAUGUCACUGCCUCGGAGUGGCCGGUCGGUCCAGUUCCGACUCGCCAAGUCCGCGCGUGCUUCGUGCAUCUCGAGAAACGUCCAUCGCAUCCACUUCACACUCGGCGGGGCGCGUUGUUUGGGAGGGCUCUGUCGAAUUUUGGACAAGCACGCUCUGGCGCCCGAACGACCAUCGAGUGGGUCCGGGAGUGCUCGCACGCCACGUCCAUCUGACUCCACUCUGUUCACCGCGGAGCUUUCAGUUCCCACGUGACGCUGGACAUUUUACUGAAUACGUUAUGUUUGAAUUGUUCUAUUUUAUGUGUCAGAUCUGAACGGACUGUCUAAAGGUCAACGGCCACAGGCCAAAGGUCAGGUCCCCCCCCCCCCCCACCCGGGUGUUUUCUCACCGGUGUGGCCGUGGCUCGGUCGACGCGUGACCUCGUCGGUAUGAGCGGUUCUCGAGAAAGCACCACAGGACGCACACUCGCCCGUUCCACCGGGGAGGUAGUCGAGGUAAGGACACAUAUGGGGGGGGGGGGGGGGUCUGGUCUUGAAUACAUGGAGAAGAUCCAAACCAUAGCGCAUCCUGAAAUCAGAGACCAACGAGCACAGAUGAGAACAAAGGCGCGUCUCCCCGCCCCCCUCGGCCCUCGGUGGCGUUGACGUCCUUCAGACUGAACGCCGCGUCCUGCAGCGAGAUCGCACGACGCCCAGCGGGGACUCGGAGCUCGGGACUCAGGAGACGGCAUCCCUGCAACUGAAGGCCAGAAGACUGCCGGGCGCUUCAGACUUCGGUUUUUAUUCUUCUUCUCCUCUCUUGGACGUCCAGCGCGGAGCCGCGGGCGUCGAGACGGUCGCCGAGGCUCGCCGAGGCUCGCUUUGAAGGACGGAUCUCUUCGCCGUGGCUCGAUAUGCACAUUGUCACGGCACGGAAAGAAGGAUUCAACCCCCCCCCCCCCCCCCCCGGCAACGUCGCGGCAGGGAGAAAGCGUCGAUUAUUUCUCCCAAAAGAAACGGCAUGUUUACACUCGGAUCCUCGUCUUUUUUUUUUCUCUCUUCUUUUCUUUUUAGCUCCAGAGAUAUUAUCAACAUGUGAGCCGCCGUUCUGUGUGACUUGGGAACAAUGCUGUGUUGUGAUGCCGUGCUUAGAGUUAGAGCAUCAGUGAGUCCGUUCAGUACGUGCUUGAAAUAGAAGUUGCCUUUACCUAAAAAAAAGAAAAAACCCUGGCUGAUGUUCUCAGAAGAACAACCACCACCCCGUGAUGACAGGUAAGAGGAAAUGUUGCCUUAAUGCUGAGUGGGUACUGUAAUUGCCAUCCAAUUAGCGAGCCAGAAUUUAUUGAGGAAAUGUUUAUCUGACUUUAUCUCAUACCAUAUUCCCAAUAUUUGAUAUAUACAUAUGAAUAAAUAUUCCUGAUAUUGGUUUUUGAGCAUAUUCUUGUAACAUUAGCUAUGUAGCAAAUGCAAUGAGGGAUUUAUCUUUCUUUGUGGUGUAGGAUGUAAAAAAAAAAUAGAAUAAGAAAAAGAAAAAAAACUGUCUAGAGCCUUUCACCAGAGAGUUAAAGUUUUUUUUUUUUCUUCAUCUCUCUUAUAGAAACUCAGUAGUGUACAGUUAAAAAUGCAAAUAACCAGGGUAUUUUUAUAUGGUGUGAACCAGCUCUGGGCUCGGCCGCCACACACCGUCACUCAGACGUGAACAAUAGCUUCCUGAGCCUCGAGGUGUGAGUAGAACUGUACACUUUCUACAGCAUAUAGAGAUUUCAGACAACUAAAAACACCGUCAUUUUACCCUUGUCAGGAUUUGUAGACUUUAACCGGUGUCUCCCCGCUGCCUGUUUUUGUUCCGUUUGUGUUCUUUUGUAAUCCCCAUAUGCACUUUCUUCCCGGCUAGAUGUUGACACACUUGAUUCCUGAUUUGUUAAGGCAACCGUAAAUGACUGGAUUUACAUAAAGAUGAAUAAAACACUA